AUGAUGUACUUUCUCAUCACCUACAUGUUGAGCCAAUUUUUCUCUUUCCUGGGGAACUGCCUGCUCUUUUACAUCUUCUGGGGCUUGAUCCACCGCCUACUGGGCCGCCUCACAGACUCAGGCAAGCCAUAUGCUGCGGUGACCAUUGUCCACUGGGUCCUGUUCAGCUUGACCCUGCUUUUCUCACUCGCCGCCUGGGCCGUAUAUGUUGUCUAUACCGUAGGAUCUGUGACGUAUAGCACAUUCAUCACAGCGAUGGACUGGAUUAAUAUCGGUUCUGCGAUCCAUAUCCUAUACUGGAUUCUCUCUCUGGAGAUCCUGGCCUGGUCAAUCUUCGUGUUUGUCAAGGCUGGAAGCCACCGCUUCGUGUCGAAGGUAAGAGCUCAACGCAACCUCAGAAUGAUAACGCUCAUCUCAGUCCAGAUGCCUGUGCUUGCAUUGAUCAGCGCUACCGUUGGAUGGUUCGCCUUGAACCUCGCAUGGAUGGUGGUAUGGAUCCGCUAUAACCUCGAAAGACGCAACACAGUCCCCGAGUGGCACAACACCGCUCAAGCUGUUGUCAACUUUAUCUUCUGGGUCGUCACCUUCGUGGGAAUCCUCCUUUGCUGCUCCAAAUGGCGCAGGCUCGGCGAGGACCCGGAGAAGAGCGAUGCUCCUAUUCGGUACCCUUACACCCAAUAUGCCUCUGGCCAGUACCCACCCGUCCAUUAUCCUCCGGCUGGUCAAUAUCCUCCAAACGGCAAUUAUCCUUCGCCUGGCCAAUAUCCCCCGGGUCAGUAUCAGACCCCGUAUCCCAACCAGCCGAACGGAACUGCUCCAUACCACGACUACGCGGCGAACCCUGCGACGAGCCCUCCGCCGGCCCAGCGCGCUGCUUCGCCACAGUAG